AUGGCCGUCCUCGGCAAGCGCAAGGCGCCCGACUCGUCAACACGCGAAACAGACGCACACGAACUGCUCCGCCGCCAUUUCGAAGCCACGUUCCAGCCGCUCGCCGGAAGCGCCUCCACGCCCAGCCCGCCGGGAGGAGGGCAAGCAGACGAGGCCAACAGCGAAGGGGACUCCGAAUGGGGCGGGCUUUCAGACGACAGCGGCGACGACAGCCACAGCGACGACGGGCAUCAUGCGAGGCGCGCACCCAGCGGCGACGGCAGGCCGUGUUCGUCUGUCCAACGCGCACCGGCCGUCCAGAUAAUCGACCACUCGGCCCCGCGGCCGCCCGGGGAGACCAUGUCCAGGCGCCAGCUGAGGGCGUUCAUGUCCUCUCGGCCCCCCGACCAAACCGCCUUCCCGGACCCCGUCCGGCCCAGCGGCUCCUCCAAGUCGUCCGCCCUCCCCGAGGACGCACCCUCCCUCCUCAAGCAGGACCUCGAGCUCCGCCGCCUGCUCGCAGAGUCGCACCUGCUCGCCCCCCACGCGGCCACCAAGUCCCUCUCGUCUGUGUCCUCCAACGCCCCGCAGCCCAAGUCCUUUGCCGCAGGGCGCAUACGCCACAAGGCAACCGACUUGCGCAUCCAGGCGCUCGGCUCGAAGCUAUCGAUACACGGGCAGCACAAGAUGCCGAUGCAUAUGAGAAAGGGCAUGGUGGCCGCUUCGCACGCGCGCGAGGCCAAAAGGAGACGCGAGGCCAAGGAGAAUGGAAUCAUCUUGGAGAGGGAAACGGGCAAGAAGAGGCGGCAGAGAGGUCCGAGAAGUGAUGUCGACAGGCCGAGCGUGGGCAGACUCAAGGGUGCCGAGUUGCGCAUCACCGACAGAGACGUCAAGAGGAUCGAGGGUAAGCGGGAUGUAUUUGGGCGCAGAGCGGCAAGAUAG